CGGCGCUCAGUACCGGCAGGUGGCGGGGUCUCAGCUCGCUAUGCCUGCUGGCUGAGCAGCUCCACGUUCCCGGCCGCCGCAGGGCCACACUUGGGGGCCGCCUCGCUUGGGGGCCGUGGCCCUGGCGGCCGACCAUGGUGCUGCCGCCCCCGGAUCGGCGCCACGUGUGCCUGACCACGCUGGUGAUUGUAGGCAGCAUGGCCGUCAUGGACGCGUACCUGGUGGAGCAGAAUCAGGGCCCGCGCAAGGUUGGCGUGUGCAUCAUCGUGCUGGUGGGCGACGUGUGCUUCCUCUUGGUGCUACGCUACGUGGCCGUAUGGGUGGGUGCCGAGGUGCGCACCGCCAAGCGCGGCUACGCCAUGAUUCUCUGGUUCCUCUAUGUCUUUGUGCUAGAGAUCAAGCUCUACUUCAUCUUCCAGAACUACAAGGCAGCGCGACGUGGCGCGGGCGACCCACUGGCUCGCAAGGCGCUCACGCUGCUGCUGUCAGUGUGUGUACCUGGCCUCUUCUUGCUGCUGGUGGCCCUCGACCGCAUGGAGUAUGUGCGCACCUUCCGCAAGCGCGAGGAUCUGCGCGGGCGCCUCUUCUGGGUAGCACUGGACCUGCUGGACCUGUUGGACAUGCAGGCCACGCUGUGGGAGCCGCCACGCACCGGGCUGCCGCUGUGGGCCGAGGGCCUCACCUUCUUCUACUGCUACAUGUUACUGCUCGUGCUGCCAUGCGUGGCUCUCAGCGAGGUCAGCAUGCAGGGAGAGCACAUCGCUCCACAGAAGAUGAUGCUCUACCCGGUGCUGAGUCUUGCUACGGUCAACGUGGUGGCGGUACUGGCGCGUGCUGCCAACAUGGCCCUGUUCCGUGACAGCCGUGUCUCAGCCAUCUUUGUGGGGAAGAAUGUGGUGGCCCUGGCAACCAAGGCCUGCACCUUUCUGGAGUACCGGCGCCAGGUGCGUGAUUUCCCGCCGCCUGCACUCGCGCUGGAGCUGCAGCCACCGCCCACGCAGCGCAACGUGCCACCAUCCACACUGCACGGUCCCGCCGGGCGCCCCCGGGGGCCCUCGCCCACGCGCGAUGCGCUGGAUACGUGACGGGGCGUGAGACUAGAUGGGAUUUGAUAGGACGGGGUGGAGGCCACUGCCGCUUCUUCAUCUCAGGAAUCCCUCAGCCGCGGACUCUCGGCCACCCCGCGUGGAGUGGAAUGCAGUGGAGUGCCGGGGAAGGG